AUGGUUCCAAAACAUUUAAGGAAAAGCGACGAAAGCCUUGGAAGUAAUCAGGAGUGUCUGAUGGCUGCACUAAUCGAGUUACAAAAUAAAAUAAUAAAUGAUAAGUCAAUAUUGAGGCAACCAAUUGAUACAGGAGUGAGAGGAGUAAAAGAUUUAAUAAAAGCAAUAGUUGGUGGUACUCAAGAGUUGCAAGAAUUACUGCUCAAUGAAUGUACAAUAAUUUAUGAAUGUAAGAUAUGCAGAAAUUUAUUUAGAAGUUUAGCCAAUUUUAUAUCACACAAGAGAAUUUAUUGUAUAAAAAAUUUUUCUUUUUUUCCUGACGAAACUACAAAAGAGGAGAAAGAAAUUGUGGAAGAAAAUAUAACAGAAUCUGAAAAAGUAAAUUGUAAUAAUGAAGUCAACUUGACAGAUGCAAAAGUCUGGCUCUCUAGUGAUACAAUAGUUCCUAAUAAUGUUAAAACUGAAAAAAAUUUAAAACCUACUAGUCCAUUGAAAAUAAAUAGAAAAUGUGACAUAGCUAAAAUUGCUGAUGGAUUACGACAAAAAACAAGAAAGGAAAACUUGCAAUCGCCAGAAACUUGGGCUCGACCAAUGUUUCAUUUGGAUGUUGAUGAAAAAGUUAUGAUUAGAAGAAGUCAUUCGCAAAACCAUUUUUUCCCUAGUGACAAUAUAAAUAAUAGUUUCUUAAAUAAUUUUUAUCAAAAUGGAAAGAAAUUAAACGAUAGAGAAAAUUUGUCAAUCGAAAAGGUUUCAUCGUGCAAUGAAGCAGUUUUACAAGAAGAUGGAAAGUUCAGGGUUACACCUCAGGGUACGCAGUUAGAAAAUAAUAAAAAUUUGAAAAAUUUCACAUGCACUAUUUGUAAAACACAUUUUAUAACCAAGCAAGUAUUGUCUCGGCACGUGCAAAUUCAUCAUAAAGAAAGAAUAUGUUAUCCUUGUCCAAUAUGUAGGACAUUUUUCCCGAGUCCAAGUAGCACUUAUAGACAUCUUAGCAAAGAUCAUCAUAAAACAGAACAACAAAUUCGAAGAUUAAGACCCAAAGUGUUGGCCAAAGCUAGUAAAAGAAAGUUAAUAGAUGGUAUUCGUAAUAAACAGGAGGAUGUAAAUAAUGAUAGGAAGUUUAUACAAACUUUUGUUGGUAACGAAGGAGUUUUAAGUUGUAAUAAUUGUGGAAAACUUUUUAACCGUCAAGCCGUUUUAAGAGUGCACUUAACGUCUUGUAAAUUUAAAAAAAUGUACACGUGUAAUACGAUACCUGAAAAAAAAAACAGAGUUUCUCAAAAUAACGGUUUACCCGUGAAAUCAACAAUUCAAAAGAGUGGGAUAUUAGUUAGAAAAGACUAUUGUAAAAAAUUAAAUUGUGAUUCUGUAAAAACAACGAAUUGGAAACGUCCGAAAAAGCCACCCUUAAUAGAAUAG